AUGGCUACUCUUGGGCAGUUGAAGGUGUUAAACGAUUCAGCAGAACAUCAAAAGAUCUUAGUGAAGUUAUCCCGGGGAAUUCAGGACCGAUGGCUGAAAAUCGUGGACGACCGGAUAUACGGCAAGAGCAACAGUGAUGGAGAAUACCCUUCCUUUGCAGAACUUUAUGACUUCCUUCAAAAACAAUCUCGCAUUGCCAGCAACCCCCUCGUUGACAGAUCCAGCUCUGGUGUCAAGUCGGAUCAGGCCAAUUUUAGUGCCAAGCACAGUGCAGCCAGUAGUUAUGGCAACCAAACCAAAAAACAAAGUCUCAAAGCUGUCAUAGCAAUGGCAACCUCCACUGAUACUCGUGCUGUUUCAAACAAUGACAGGGUUGCAAGGCGCUCUUGUGUUAUGUGUAAUGAAAUGCAUGAAUUGACAAAAUCCAUAGCAACGAUCGCGUCAUCGAGCCAUCGCGUCGUCGAGUCAUCGAGUCGAAUACCACAAGCCCUUCACGUUCAGGGCGAUGCUGUAAAACUGAUGCUGUCCACUGUGCUUGGUAAGGCCAAAGUGGAUGCACAACGGGUCGAUGGCUUGUGUAUGACUGGGAUAGGACAACCGACUGAAAUAGCUCUUCCAGUCACAUACUCUAGAGGUGACAUCCCAGCGAUGACCAGUCAGAUACCUCGACCAGAAACGGCCAAAAGAUGGAGCCAUCUGCAAGAAGUCUCUACCAAGAUCACUGCCUUCCUACCUGGCACCGACAUUGAUCUUUUGAUAGGAACCAGUUGUGCCCAGGCCAUUAGACCCUUAGAAGUUGUUCCCGGAGGUGACAAUGAUCCCUAUGGUAUACGAACCACACUCAGAUGGGGAGUGAUUGGGAAUAUGAGAGUCAACCAUGCCAGCAAUAACCAGCCCAGUGCAAGAAAUUGUCAUUUUACCUUUUCAACUACUGUGAAAGAGGUUAGCCCAGCUGAGGUUAGCAGCAUGUUUGAGAUAGAAUUCAGUGAGAGAGAAGAGGACAACACUGACGAGAAAAUAUCGGCAGAGGACAAAAGGUUUCUGCAGAGUGCCAGGAAUGGAAUCCAUGUGAGAGAGGACAACCAUUAUGAGAUGCCACUUCCCAUAAAGGAUGAUGCCCUUUUGCCCAAUAACAAGCCUAUGGUACAACGAAGGUUGAUGCAACUCAAAGGGAAAUUGGCCAAGUCCACUCAGUAUCAUCAACAGUACACAGCCUGCAUUGAGGGAUUGAUUGCCAAGGGUUACGCUGAACGAGUACCUGAUGAGGAGCCACAUCUAGACAAUGGACGGGUAUGGUAUGUCCAACACUUUGGUGUUUAUCACCAACACAAGCCUAACUCCAAAGUAUGUGUGGUAUUCGACUGCAGUGCUCAGUACAAUGGCGAGGCGUUAAACAGACACCUUUUACAAGGACCAGACUUAAAUAACGGUCUAGUUGGGAUGCUGGUUAGAUUCAGGAAAGGUUCCAUCGGAUCGGCGUGUGACAUAGAGGGGAUGUACCACCAAGUGGGGGUGGACAAAGACUACAGAAAUCUACUUAGAUUCCUAUGGUGGGACAAGGGUGACCUAACCACGCAACCCACUGAGUACCGGAUGACAGCGCAGUUAUUUGGAGCAGCAUCAUCUCUGUCGUGUGCUAAAUUUGCUCUCCGGACAGCAGCAGACGAAUUUGAGUCCAAGCAUGGCAAACUUGCAGCUGACUUUGUUAGAGACGACUUUUAUGUUGAUGAUGGUGUCACGUCUCUGGAUUCAGUUGAAGAUACCCUUGAACUUGUGACAAACUCAAUCAAACUCUGUGGUGAACGCGGCUUUCGUUUACAUCGUUCUCCAAUUACAGACGGGUCCUUGACGCUGUCCCAACAUCAGAAAGAGGGAAGAACAUCCAGCACCUAG